GUCUUUCCUGUCAAUUUCCUUCCUGCCUCCUCCAUCGUGCCUUCUGCCCAUGCGCUGCGCACGGACUAAUUUUCCAUGCUUCAAUCUUGUCCAAGCCUCUCUUGUCGUGUCAGACUCUUGACCCAUGGCAUGCCACUACUGUUCACUAGUAGCGGAGAGAUCGCACCAGAGCACGUGCGCACGAAUUCUUGACUCAGCCGAGUCAGCAGCAUCUCGCAGCGCAACUUCCAAGUCUUCCGCGUUUUAUUGCCGCCGACGUUACCCCGCGGCUACUCCUAGCCUCACGUGUCUUCGGCUGAGUAUGUUUGCCAUAAACAGCAGCACAUCGGGCGUCUCCUCCCCUGGUCUCAUCAUGGAUAGAGCCUCCAAGUUUCUUGUCUCGGUGUCACUAGUACUUCCGUCGUCGCUACGUCAGAACCCUCGGCAAACUUCCUGCAAAACCGAGCCUUUUCGAGUUAGUACUACCAACGACCCUUCCGAGCAGCCAUCGCUACUACCACUAACCCGCCUCAGGCUGUCGUGCCGCGGUUUCGCCGCGUCCCAACCGCCGCCAUGGCGACUCCGACUCAUUGCCUCUCCGCGUCGCGCCUCUUUCUCCUGCUCGUCCUCUCCUCCGCCAUUUACGGCGCGUCCGCCGGACGCGGGUCCCCGCUGAACAACCUCUUCCGCCCCAUCGCGGAAUUAAUCACGCGUCACCCCCGAGCGCGCGGAAAUCCGGUCCCGCGCUGGCGCAACCCGCACAGUGUCCCCUCGCAGCUCAUCAAGGUCCUCCCGCACGCCGCGCAGUCCGCCGCCGACGCCAUGAGCGCACUCAGCGGCGCGACUGACGACUCGGCCAGCGGCAGCCGCGGCAGCGCGUCCGGCGGCGGCCGCGGCCGCGUCAGGACGUUCGCGAAGCCCGGCGGCGGUGGCGGCUCGAAGACGUACUUCAACGUAAUCGAAGUCACCAAGCCCCUGCCCCGGCCCACGGGGUCCGCGCUCUGCGGCAGCGCGACGCCGCUCGUGGACGCGCCGUUCGGCAGCACCUACGGGUCCCCGGCGACUGCGGGCAGCUACGUCAUUCCCGCCGCGUGCGCUGGCGAGUGGUCCAUGGCGGUGAUGAACGUGAGUGUGCUUGUGAAAGGCGUGCAGUUCGACCGCCGCAUGUCCGUCUUCAUUGGCGACCUCGAGGUCUCGCGCUCCAUCACGGCCGAGCCUCUGGGCACGUCAGUGAAGUACUCUUUUGAGCGGGACCUCACGCCGCUCGCGCUUGCCGUCAGGACGAACAACGAGCUAUCAGUUUACCUUGAGAACGUGGUUGACCGCACUUACACAGGCAUAUUCUACGUGACCGUCUCUCUGCUCUUCUACACAGGAGGAGCAGUGCCCGCCUCCCCGCCCUCCGCCAUUCUCCCCUGGUACUCCCCCGGCGUCCUCUCGCGCUACUUCAACAUCACGGGCGGCGCUGUUCUCUCCGCCUCCUCUGCACUCGCGGGCUUUCCCCCCAACACUGUGCGCGCGCGCUUUGACCUGCUCAUGUCCCUGCACGCGGCGGACGAGUUCUACCAGUUCAACUACCCCGACUCAGCCACCUUCCAGCCGGAGGGGGGGCCCUUCCGCGAGCUGGUGCUGCAGAUCGACGGCAUAUUCGCCGGCUCCGUGUUCCCCGCGCCCGUCUUCUACACGGGCGCCGUGCACCCGCUCAUGUGGUCGCCGCUCGUCGGCAACGGCAACUUCCACAUCCCCGUCUACUCCUUUGACCUCUCGCCCUUCGCCGCGCUGCUGUCCGACGGCAGCUCGCACACCUUCACUGUGGCGAUUCCCAAGGCCGUGCUGAACAGUAACUGGUACUUCACUGGGAGUGUGCAUCUGUGGACGGAUGCCGGUGUGGCUAGCACUGCUGGACCUGCACCCACUGUCACGGGUGGUGACCUGGUAACGCCCAUCACAGAGACUGCUACCGGAGAAUCCGGCACGAACGGAGUGUUCGGCACGACAGCAGCACGUGACUACACCAUCACAGGCACAGUCACCACUGCAGCCGGUGCUGUGGAAACCGUGGUCACCGGCUCUCUUGCCUUUGAUGCCACGGUCACAUCGGCUAGCAACCAGUGGGUGCAGGUGUGGCGCCAGAACAUCCUUUCUGCCAUUACCGUUACACGGUCCGUUCCAGGGGACACGGCUACAGUCGCAUCGAUGACGGUUGAUCAGUUCAUCUUCCCUCUGUUCAUGAACCAGACUCGUCUUGAUGCCGCUGGCUCCGUGUAUUUCCUCACCAACAACACCUUCAACUUCUAUCAGCCCAUGGACGCCUCUCCCUCGGCCGCCACCCAGACGUACCUUCACAACGAGAGGAUCGCCGGGUUCAAGGAAACGUACACUGCUGCGGGCGCGCUCAGGAGCCGCACCAUCUACUCCAACCAUAUGUACGAGCUCGACAGCACCACCGGGGGUGGCUGCUAUCUGAGGAAGGUGGUGGCCCAGCCCCCCCCAGCAGGGAUCCAGUCGGAUAUGGUGUCCACGGUCUGCUAGAUUGGAGAGUGAGAGGGCAGUGGAGGGGCAGUGGAAGGGCGUGGAUGGGCAGGGGUCUGGGGAUGGAACCAGCUUUGAGGCGCUUCAAAAGAGGGAUCCAGUAUGGCGUGGUGUCUACGGUGUGCUAGGUAGGACGAUGGAAGGCCACUGAGGGCAGGGGGUGGGUUAAAACUAGGAGUCUGUCGUGUGUGGUGUCUACUACUGUGCUAGGUUGGACUGGAAGGACACGCUUUCCUUGGUGUUAGAGUUCAUACAUAUUUGUGUUAGGUGCAUAUUAACUAUAGCCUAGCUAUGUGCAGUUUACAACACCUAAAUGCCCUUGUCCAUGCCCUUG